AAAAAAAAAACCUCAAAAAACUCAAAAAAUUCUCUUUUUUUCUGCCGGCCAGUCGGCCACUAAACUAAAACCACAAACCUCUUUUAAAUUUUGUUUUCUUUCCUUUUGGGUUUAUUUCAAUUUUUAGUUUCUAAAAAUAAAAUAAGAUUUCAUUUUAUUUUUUAUUUUUUGGGUUACCUUUGCUCUUUUGCUACGCAUUCUUCUUGCCCUUCCCAAAAUUUGUGAUAAUUUUGGUGAAAAGAGUCAAACUUUAAGACCAAAACAGGAUUUUUUGCUGGGUUAUUUUUUUCUGCAAGAACAAAGAUUUUGUUAAUUGUAGGAAAUUAUUACUCUAUUUGGAAGAUUUCAAUCGGUUUCCCAAUCAGAUUGUCUGAUUGGAGGAGGAAGAAAAGAUUAGCAAGAUGUCUGGAUAUGCGGGUGUUGUUGUUUCUGAUCCUUUGCUCCAUAGCCAGUUCACUCAGGUUGAACUUCGCAGCCUCAAAUCCAAAUAUACUUCUUUGAAGAAUAACAAUGGUAAGGUGACCAUUGAAGACAUGCCACCAGUUUUGGCAAAGUUAAAAGCGUUUAACCAGUCUUUUAAAGAGGAAGAUAUUAAGGAGAUUUUGAUUGAGUCAGCCUCAGAUAUGAAUCAAGAGGUCGAGUUCGAGGAUUUCUUGAAGGUUCAUCUAAGCUUCCAAAUUCGAGCCUCAGCUCAGCUUGGUGGUUCAAAGGACUCCUCUGCCUUUCUCAAGGCCUCAACUACUACCCUUCUUCAUACAAUUAGUCAGUCUGAGAAGGGAUGUUAUGUUCAUCACAUCAACACUUACCUUGGUGAUGAUCCUUUCCUGAUGCAAUUUCUUCCGCUAGAUCCUAAUGGUGACGAUCUUUUCAAUAUUGCAAAAGAUGGAGUUCUUCUUUGUAAGCUUAUAAAUGUUGCCGUUCCUGGCACAAUAGAUGAAAGAACAAUAAACACCAAAAGGGUACUUAAUCCCUGGGAGAGAAAUGAGAAUCAUACUCUGUGUCUGAACUCCGCAAAAGCCAUUGGAUGCACUGUAGUUAACAUUGGACCUCAUGACUUGGUUGAAGGAAGGCCACAUUUGGUGCUUGGAUUAAUCUCUCAAAUCAUAAAGAUCCAACUCCUUGCCGAUCUCAACCUUAGGAAGACACCACAGCUAGUAGAAUUGGCUGAUGACGCUGAUGACAUUGAGGAGCUCAUGGGUUUAUCCCCAGAAAAAGUCUUGUUGAAAUGGAUGAAUUUUCAUCUCCAGAGAGCUGGUUAUGAGAAAAUUGUCACAAACUUUUCAUCUGAUAUGAAGGAUGCAAAGGCAUAUACUUACCUGCUCAAUGUUCUCGCACCAGAACAUUGUGAUCCAGCUACAUUAGAUGCGAAGGACCCUACUGAGAGAGCGAAGUUGGCACUUGACCAUGCAGAGAGAAUGGGCUGCAAGAGAUACUUAGAUUCUAAGGACAUUGUUGAAGGCUCAUCAAACCUAAAUCUCGCUUUUGUUGCUCAGGUUUUUAAGAUGAGGAAUGGUUUGUCAUUAGAUGGAAAAAAGGUUUCUUUUGCAGAGAUGAUGACAGACGAUGUACAGACAUCUAGGGAAGGAAGGUGCUUCAGAUUUUGGAUGAAUAGUCUUGGUAUUGCCACCUAUGUCAACAAUGUGUUCGAGGAUGUUAGAAAUGGCUGGGUACUCUUGGAAGCUUUAGACAAGGUAUCUCCUGGAUCAGUCAACUGGAAGCACGCGACAAAGCCUCCUAUCAAAAUGCCUUUCAGAAAAGUUGAGAAUUGCAAUCAAGUUAUAAAAAUUGGGAAGCAAUUGAAGUUUUCCCUUGUGAAUGUUGCUGGAAAUGAUAUUGUUCAAGGAAACAAGAAGCUAAUACUCGCUUUACUGUGGCAGUUAAUGAGGUAUAACAUGCUCCAACUAUUGAAAAACUUAAGAUCUUUCUCCCACGGGAUGGAGAUCUCUGAUUCAGACAUCCUUAAUUGGGCAAAUUAUAAGGUGAAAAGCUCUGGGAGAAAGUCUCGAAUUUUGAGCUACAAGGACAAAAGCCUUUCUACUGGCCUAUUCUUCCUUGAACUUUUAAGUGCGGUGGAGCCUAGGGUUGUCAAUUGGAACCUUGUCACCAAGGGUGAUAAUGAUGACGAAAAAAGGUUGAAUGCUAUAUACAUUAUCAGUGUUGCAAGAAAGCUUGGAUGCUCUGUCUUUUUAUUGCCCGAGGACAUUAUGGAGGUAAAUCCGAAGAUGAUCCUGACCUUGAUGGCCAGCAUCAUGUACUGGUGCUUACAGCAGGAGGAUCUAGAAUCUUCUCCGUCCCUCUCAGAAUCUGCUACUGUCACAGAUAUAUCCUCUACUGCUCCCUCAGUUCAAAGCGAGGAUGAGAGUUCCAUUUGCGGAGAGAUCUCAUCAUUCAAUAUCGAUGAUGCUGCAUCUGACUCAACUGCUUCUUCAGUGAUUGACAACAUUGAAGAUGAGCAAUGAGGGUAGUUUAAAAGCUGCAUUCCUUGUGCACGAGCUAAAUAAAAACCAUCAACACAUUAGGAGUUGUACAGAGAACAAUGUUUAUAUUAUACAUCGUUAUGGAAGUAGCGCAAAGGUUAAAGAGGUUGGCAAAGGGGGGAGAGCCAGAAAAGUUUAGUUAUAGUAAUACGAGCAUUUUCGUGUAGAGAUGAGCUUGUAUUUUCUAUGCUCAUCUGUGAUAUAUAAGUCUGCUUUCUCAAAUAUGUGCAUCUGUGCUUUGUGCAUUUUCAUUUCCAUAGCACUUUUUGGUGUAAGUCCUUAUUAAUAAUUGUAUGAUCUCUAUUAUACAAGGCCUUCCUUUGAUGAUGUGCAUAAAAUUUCUCCUUUAA